UUCCUCGAAGAGGCACUGUCUUAUGUUAUUAGAUGUCAUGAAGAAGAUCCUUCGCGACAUUUGUUUUGCACUCCUAAGCUGACCGAGAUUACAACUGAAAUGUUACCAUUAUUUGCAGUACCAGAUCAAGAUUCUUCAAUUUUACAUUUUCGUCAGAUAAUUGAAGAGGAAUUAAAACAUUGUUUCUCGUGUGUCGAAGUAUUUCAUACCGAAAAAAAACAACUCUAUAACAGAUUUUCAAAAGUAUACAUUAACGAGAAAUUAAAUGUAGACAAAUUCUUCUCGAAUUUAAAAAAAUGGAUCAAAUCACGAGUAUGUUAUGGGUUAGAGGUGAUAAAAUUAAACUUGAAAUAUGUAAAUCCCAUUCAGUUGAUAGGAAUGGAAAUUUCUCCAAAUAGUGCUAGAAUUACAACGGCGUUUUUAGAAACACUUCUCGACCCAUUUCUAUUAAUAGGAUUGAAUAAUUUGUUCGUUGACAUUUUGGUACAUUUCAAAGCCAACGAGUCAUUCAAAUUAACACACCGUUAUUUGCCGGGUGUACUCAUCUUAAUGUUACAUGAGAGAGCCGAAGUAAGAAAUUGGGCACGGACAUCACUACAAGGAAUGACUAAGACUCUUGAGAUGAAAGAAUUUCAGAGUUGUGCUUACUUUUCCUCGUCAGUUCAGGCUAUUUUACAGAAACUUAAGGGUUUCAAUGAUCCUCCUGAUAAGACUACAAUACAAUUUAUACUCACAAAAGAUUUGGUCGAUGCUUGGGAAGGAGUUAAAUUAAUAUUAUCUGUCAUAGAUCAAAAUAUCAUUCUAAGAAACUUCUUUGAACGUGAUUUAAACAUAAUUCAGAUACUUUACGACAAUCUGCAAUCAUCAUCUAAUAUCGAUGAAUCUGUUUUCAUUGAGUUACUUGGCUGUUUGGAAAUUCUUCUGGACAAAAUUGGUUCCCAAUUUUGGGAUCAUAUAUCAUGUUCACAUUUGCUAUUUUUUCAGAGUUUGUUUACUACAUACUCUUCUAUCAGAUCAAAUCCAUUAUCUUCCAAAAAACUUUAUGGAAUCUUCAUAAAGUUUUUGCAGAAAUUGCGACAAACGUUUCCCGAUAUUGAACCAUCAGAACGGCUGGAAGAAACUGCUUCUGAAAAAACUAUAACGAUGUCAAUUUUAACUGAAAGCCAGAAUAUCAUCGAAGACAUUUAUAUUAAAUGGCAUUCGUCUAUAUAUGAUAAUGGUUCAAUACUCAGUACUCAACUUCGAGGCAUUUUGUGGAUCAAUGUACUUAUAGAAACAUUUGAAAUCCUUAUUUCAUCUGAUGAAUACUAUGUGGAAAUGAACGUUUUAUUGUUUAAGUGUAUUCAUAAAAUUGCACUUAUGGACAUAAUAGAGAUGGGACGACAUCAUGAUAAUGUUCAAUUAACAUUUUUCAUCGACCUAUUAAAUAAACUGCGAGAACAAAUAGAUAGAUUUUUAAAAAAACUUUGUAAUGAAGAUUCGAAAAUAAUUCCAAGUAUUUUGCCAAUUGAAGAGGUUGCCUCUCCAAUGGUCUGUCUCCUCUUUUCGACUAACGGAGAGUUCAUGAUUGAAAGUCUAACACUUUUGAAAAAACUGUAUCCAAUCAACACUUACAUAGAAUUGGUUCAACGAAUCACAGUACCUAUUAUAGAAGGUAUAAUAGGUGUUCUUCAUACAUUCGCCAAAUGGACUGAAAUCGGAUGUGAUACCUUUAAAUUGGCUGGAAGUAUACAACAACUAUUAUCGAAUGCAUUUUUUCUACCUAUAUUUGGUGAUUGGGGCAUAUCAAAAAAUCAGUCAUUGUCUCAAGAUAUCAAUUUAUUGAUUCAUAGAUACUGGGAUGCUUCAUGGUGUGCGUUCACUCAAGUAUUCAAAAAAUAUGAUGAUUCAGUUUCUGCAACAAUUCAUGAUGAGGUCAUUAUUCAAUUAUCCAGUUACGUAGAAUUAGCAACUCAUAUGUUGCAGCGACAUUCAGACCCAGCUUUUGGCUCUAUCGAUUCUCUUAGUCUGACAGAUCCAUUCUGUCAAGCUCUAAAAUACAUCAUCGGUUUGGUAGAGUGCAAUAACCGUGAUCUAAUACAAAAAUUACACCGAUUGACUUGUGAGAUACUUUAUGUUCUAACUACAUAUGAGUUAACUAUGGAUAGUAGUUUGUAUGUUAAAUUGGUGAGAGUUUCAAACGAAGGUCACUUCACCGUUGAUGAGCGGAAUGAAUUGAAUGCCGCAUUAUCCAAACACGUAACGAACGGACGUUUAUUAGAGACAUCGUGUGACAAUAGAGCAAGUUCAUACAUGAGUACAUCAACAUCAUUAUCUAAUAAUCUUAUA